UUGGCCAGAAUUUAAUCAAGAGAGCAUCUGUCGGACCCCUGUCGGCAGAUAGCCAACGUGAAUUGACGCAAAUAAUAAUAGAUCAUCACUGCAAUGCUGGAAAACGCGGUAGAGAGGAGUAUUUAAGUGAUUACGCCAAAUCCAUCGUUGCGCUAUUCAAGCACGAAAAAAUUCAGACUUAUUUCAUACCUCGUGCAGGUGGAAGAAGAAAUCCAGGAGGAAAAUUGUUUAACAAACUCGUAAACAUCAGGCAAAAGAUCGCCAAAAGAAAACUGCGGGAAGAAGCUCAUUUAUGCAGCAAAAAAAUUAACCUAGAUCCGGAAGCUACUGACGAGUCCUUGUUCAACGAUAUUGAGUGGCUGGAGCAUAACAAAUUGCCAUGGACUACUGCGUUGGAUAAAUGGGAACAUUCAUUCCCUUUAAGGACAAGGCAACUGAAAAACAAAUCCUUCGUCGAUGAGCUGUUCAACCGUUAUCAAGUGUAUCAAGACGUUCAUGGGUAUCAAGCGAUCGACAUAGACUUCCGUUUGAUGUAUGGUAAUACUGAUGGUGUCAAAAAAUGGAAUAAUGCGUUUCCCAAAUUAAUGCAAUACUUGGAUCGGCCGUACAAGGAUGAAAUUUCAAAAAGCAUUCUGGAUUGUUUGAAGAAUGCUGAUACUGAUAUAAACUCCAAGCACUGUUCGAUACUGUUGUUGCUUAACAACGUUUUGAAGCCUACAAAGGUAACCCGAAUAUUCAAGCCAUCGGUUCUAGUUGCCCAAGAAGACGUGAUUCUAUUCGCAGCUACAGAUGACGACGCAUCUGCCACGUUGGACAAGUUUAUGGAAGAGUACACCAAGCAUGGAUUUCAACCGGUUCCGAAAUUAAUAGCGAUUGGCGAAAACGUGACCUCUCUGGACGGAGAGUUUCAAGUGCGCUACAAGAAUUUUACGUACCGGUUCAACACUUUGAUCAGAGCUAUCGAUGUUUUACUUAAAUGCAGUGCAGUCUUCGGAUUGGAACACUCCCGUAUAUCGAGCUCGAUUGAACCGAAUUCUUCACGAACCAUAUCAUCACCAGCUCUGCCUAAUAAUCUGGAGCAUAUAAAUCGUGCUGCCGUUGCUUUCACAUUAGAACUACAUAACGAAACUAAUAUCCAUAGAAGUGAUGUAACGACCAUUCAAAAAAAAACAAGCCAAUUAAACACUGAUAUUGUCCUAAAGUUAGAAGAUGUUUUAGACAAAGUUUUGACCGGUGAUGAAAACGCGCAAACUAAAUUCGAACUACGCAAGUAUUUAGAUCGUCUCAAUCAACCUUUUGAUUUCAUCGAUACAGAUUACAAAUUCCUGAAAUACAUCGAAAAUCUAGGAAUUUUUCGGUUUCCUAAAACUAUUGCUAUUGAAAAAAAGAUUUUUGUAAACCUACUCAAUCGAUGUGACAUCGAUGCAGCAACGAAACGGCUAAUGCUGUUGCACCCGGGUGUCUAA